AAGAAGAAAUUAUUACAGAAUAAGUCACUUUCUUUCUUACCAGUCUGUUCUGAUUGGAAAUCACUAAACUCACCUUUCUAUAUUCAUUCUUGUUUCACUUUCAAUUUCAUUCCUAAAAAUUUGAGAUUUUUUGCCAAGAGGGUCAGCUUGAAUUCCUAUUUCUAAAGAUUUGCAGAGCAUUCUACUUCAUUCUUGAAAAGAUCCAAGACCAUUUUCUCAGCUCAGCAAUUAUGUGGUAACCCAUUUGUUAAAAGUCUUUAAAUUUCAGUUCUUUGAGCUCAAAUCUUGAGUUCUUUGGGCCUCAGCUCAAGUUUCUUGAAAUCUGAGAGGUGGGUUUUGCUGUUUUUGUUAGCUAAAUGACGGGCUCUUUGAAUUUGCUUUGAUUUGGUGGUAGUUGUAGUUGCUGAUUCUUUUGAUUUAAGGGUUCUGUUGAUUUGUAGUGUGUGCGUGUGUGUGGGAGUGGGAAGAAUAUCUGGUAUAGCAAGAGAAAUUUGGGAUUUAGUCGAAAAGAUGUUGAUUUUGGUUUUUAUUGAAUGUGGUAAUUGCUAGUGUUUUUGUGUUUAGAUUUUUGUGAGAAAGUGCCUCACUUGGUGAUGUUUGAUGGAUUGAGUUUACUUGGAAUUUAGCUCCUUGGACUUGUCUUCUAAGGAGGUGUUGUCAGCUGAAUGUAUUGAAUAUUAAUCUGGUUGUGUUGGAGGUGCAUUUCUUUGUUUGUUAUUUUUACAAUUUGAUGAGGGGGAUGUGAACAGUGUGCUGACAAUUUAGAAUUACGUGAUAUCUCGGAAAAAUUAUUGAGUUCGAUAUAUCUUGUCUCUUGAUUUGUUCGAACACUAAGAGUAAUUUUGAAGACUGUGCUCUACGUCUUUCUUUAAAAUGGCUUCUAUUCGUAGAACAUUAUCUCCAGUUACCCGUCCUGGAAUGUUAAUGAAUGGAGAAGCCAAUUUAGUUGCAUCUCCUCUUUCCAGGUCUUCCUCCUCUAACCAGAACCACACACUGCCAAAUAGUAGUUCAUCGGGAUAUGGCUUUUACACAGUUCAAUCGUUUAUAUCAGAUUUUUUCUCGCAUAAAUCAUCUCGACCCCUGGAAAAGACAAAACUGAAGGGCCAUGUUUGGAGAAGGGCUAUAUUUCAAUUCUUGGUGUGUUUUUUUCUUGGAAUUUUUGUUGGGCUCACCCCAUUUGUCUCCUUGGAUAUGUCCCCCAGUUACACACCUGAAGGGCCAGAGUUUCCUUUGAAGAAAUUCUCACCUUUCAUGGCGAAUGAGAAAAUGGUAGUAGAUGAACUGCCUACAAAAAGUGAAAAUGUUUCAUUGAAGUUGCAUUUGACUGUCGAGGACAACAGUAAUGUAACUUCUGAUGCAAGUAUUGCGCCCCAAUCAUUUGGUGAGGCCUUAAAUAAGCUUCUGAUAAUUGUGACUCCAACAUAUGCUCGGCCAUUUGAAGCAUAUUAUUUGAAUCGUUUGGCUCACACGUUGAAAUCGAUUCCACCUCCUGUAUUGUGGAUCGUUGUCGAGAUGAAUUCUCAAUCUGUGGAAACAGCUGACUUGUUGAGAAAAACUGGAGUUAUGUACAGGCAUCUCGCCUGCAUUAAGAACUUGACAGAGAUAAAAUAUAGGAGCUUGCACCAAAGAAACCUGGCAUUAUCCCACAUUGAGAUGCAUAGGCUUGAUGGAAUAGUUUUUUUUGCAGAUGAUACGAACAUUUAUACUACUGAACUUUUUGAACAGAUGAGGCUAAUCAGGCGGCUUGGAACAUGGGCAGUGGCAAAAUUGGUGCCUGGUACAAGCCAAAUUGCGUUGGAAGGUCCAGUAUGCAAUGGAGGUCAUGUUCUAGGAUGGCACAGUAGAGAUGGGAGAAGAAGAUCACGUAGAUUCCAUGUGGGAAUGUCUGGGUUUGCAUUCAACAGUACCAUACUUUGGGAUUCAAAGAGAUGGCACCGGCCUAAUCCUAAACCUAUUAGGCAGCUUGAUACAGUCAAAGAAGAGGUCCAAGUGAGUACAUUUGUUGAACAAAUUGUUGAAGAUGAAAGCCAAAUGGAGGGCCUACCUCAGAACUGCUCAAAGGUCAUGGUGUGGCAUCUUCAAAUCAAAUCCCCGUCUUUGUAUUCAUAUCCUCCUCACUGGCUCUUGAAAAAUAAUCUAAAUGUAGUUCAUCCACUCAACUCACAAUUCUGAUAAGCAGAGUGCUCAAGUAAUAUGUGAACCGAGUGUUCACUCUGUCAUGGAACUCGAACAUCUACAGACAAUUUAUCUGCAUUAUGCCUCAGUCGUCGUACAAUUUAUUUCUCUCGGGUACACGUUUUACAUUUGCUGAGUUCAAAUCUUUUCCAUUGGCGGGGGAUGUAUCUGCAAACAACAAAUCUGGCCAAAUGGUCGGACAGGUGUUGUUUAAAUUGCACAGUGUUCUCAUACUCAAUGUAGUUAUGUUGUCCAUCCCCUUUCCUGUUGAAAUCGAACUAUUUUUGGUGCAAAAUUUUCAAGAAUAUUAGGCAGUUUUUCGGUUGCAGCUGCAACCUUUUUGUCUUGUAUAGAGGUUUCACAGAUGAUCAGCCUAGCAUGCAUUAUUUAUUGCUUGCUAUUUAAGAAUGGCAAUGAUCAAUCAUUUGAACUCUUGCAAUUAUAUGUAUGGACUUUGUAAGUUUGUAGCCAUUCUUUACAAGCCCAUUCCUCUAAUAAAUGUACAAGAUUUGUUCAA